GGUGGUUGGUCCCAGCUGUUACAUAAGAAGCAACCUGCUAAUGGAGCAUGUGAAACAUGAUUUAUUCAUAUCAUGGUUUAUUGAAUGUCCCUGUUGAUGGCCAUUCAGGAAGCUGGCAGUGCUCCACUGUUCCCAUCAAUGCCACAGCAGAGAUCUGCACGGACUUCAUGUGUGACACGGGGCAUAUUUCUCUGUGUGCCACGCCUUGCCUCCUCCCCGGCCGCUACAGGACUCCCACCUGCCCCUGUCCCAGCUGGAGAGCCCCGCCCCCCCGACCCAGUUACCCCGAGCCCUGCGGCGGAGCCCGGACAGUCGCCCGCCCGGAUGGAGGAGGUGCAGGAGGGACGCGAGCUCGGCGCCGGGAUGGAUUCCGAGGAGCCCGCGAGCCCCCAGAGCCCCCGGGAGCCGCCCUCGCCACCGUCGCCACCUCCACUGCAGUCGCCGCCGUCGCCCGCUACCCCCGAGAGCCCCGGUGUGUCCCCGGCAGAGGAGCCGUCGGAGGCCCACGCGCGGCAGUUGCUGCUGCAGGAGUGGGGGCCGCCGGGCGCGAGCCUGGAGCUGCCGCCGGGCCUCACCUGGAAGCUGCUCUUCCUGCGGCGGCCGCUCUACCGCAACCUGCUGCGCUCGCCCAACCCCGAAGGCAUCAACAUUUAUGAGCCAGCGCCCCCUACUGGCCCCACUCGGCAGCCCCUGGAGACGCUGGGCAACUUCCGUGGGUGGUACAUUAGGACUGAGCAGCUCCAGCACAACUGCAGCUGGACGGUGAAGCAUCAGUGUGUGGAUCUGCUGGCCGAGGGCCUGUGGGAGGAGCUUCUUGAUGACGAGCAGCCAGACAUUACUGUCAUGGACUGGUUUGAGGACAGCCGGCUGGACGUGUGUGUCUAUGAGUUGCACGUCUGGCUGCUGGCAGCUGACCGACACACCGUCAUUGCUCAGCACCAUGUGGCCCCCCGGACCUCUGGGAGGGGCCCUCCUGGCCGCUGGGUCCAGGUGUCCCACGUAUUCCGCCAGUAUGGCCCUGGUGUGCGAUUUGUCCACUUCCUGCACAAGACAAAGAACCGCAUGGAGGCUGGUGGGCUGCGGCGAACAAGGGUGACUGACUCCUCCGUGUCGGUGCAGUUCAGGGAGUGACUGGCUGUUUUGACCCCUUGUCCCAUCCUGAGUGUCUGACUUCAUCGCCCUCCCGUCCCCCACCCAACAUAUAAAUCUUUGGCCUUUCCCCUGCACUCUCGGGGCUCCAGGAGGGCAGAGAUCAUGUCUUCCCGAGGCAGUGCUCAAAGACAGUAGGUGCUCAAUAAAUAUUGUUGACUAAACCAGUAAA